GGAAGGCGCCCCCCAAGCACCUCGGAGCAAACCACCCCCGUCCUACAGGACAGGAUAAAAUCGUCACUUCCUAGAAUGAUUCUACGGCGCGUGCAGUCAGAUGUGUGUGAGGUGCUGUGCUCUGAGCAGCAAGAGCCAAGGGGAAUUGCCUCCGAUCUUCUUCUUUUCUUACAUCGUGUUCGAAUGACUCUUUAACCAACUGUCUCACACAAGCACUUUCAGCAGAAGUGUUUGUUCACGCAGCGUCUUCCAUCACGUCUCGUCUCUCUCGAGAUCUCGUCCAGUAUCGUAUUGACUCUCGAUCAACAUGUCAGCCGAUAACCCAGCCUCCAUCAUUGCCGUCGGGGCCGUAAUGCCAGCACUCGGCAUCAUCGCCGUUGGUCUCCGUUACUACUGUCGCAUCCAGCUGAAGAGCGGCUUCCGGACCGACGACUGGAUCCUCAUACCUGCUCUCCUCCUCACGAUCGGAAUGGGAGCCUCCUUGAUCGCAGGCGUCAAACUCCACGCGCUGGGCUACCCAACUCCCUUCACCGGCGAUCCCAACGACCCUCUCGCCGCACUGACCCAAACCAAUUCCGGCAUCAGAAUCACGUCGCAGGUCGAAUGGGCUCUGCAAUUGAUGCAAGUCCUGGAAUUGGGCUGCAUCAAACUCAGUUUCGCUUUCUUCUAUCGUCGGAUCUUUGUCAGUCCGGCUUCGAAGUAUUUCAAUGUUAUUACUUGGGCUACCAUCGCUUUGAUCCUUGCGUGGAUGACGGCUUUCUUCUUCUCUCUGCUUCUGGCGUGUAAAGCGUAUUCCGGUGAAUGGUCUGCUUGGUGGGGAUCCGUUAUUGACCUCACCACGAAAUGUGUUAAGACGGAGAAGCUGGAGACAGCGCUGGUGGUGACGGACUUCUUGACUGAUGUUCUGAUUAUGCUGCUGCCAAUCCCAAAGAUCUGGGCUUUGCAUUUACCAUUUGCCCGAAAACUCGCUGUUUUUGCCGUCUUCGCUUUGGGUAUCGUAGCUGUGGCUGCCUCCGUUGUAAGAAUGAAAUACUUCCUGGAUGUGAUUGCCAAAGGAUUCAAUCCCCACGACGACGAGGAUCUCGCCAUCACUAGAAAUCUCUACUGGUCUAUGGUAGAGUCGGGACUGGGUCUUCUGGCUGUCUGUCUUCCAACACUGCGCAGUCUUCUCCGUGGAACCACUCCUGAGUGGCUCAAAUCCUCCGAAUGGAUUAGCAAUAUCCGAAGCAAACUUUCCCUCUCGUCGGGCUCGAAAUCAAACUCAAGCAAGACGACACUACCCACCACCGAGCGAGAGGGACCGUACCGUUUCAUGGACGGGGUAUCUGCUGACUCCUUGAAGCAAGAGAGAUUUGUCCUUAAAGAUGUGGUCACGACCGUUAAGGCGACCCGAUCUGAUCGGACUAGUCAUGGUAGCGAUGGGGAUGAGCAAGUAUUAUUUACUUCGCACGCAUGAUGUUCUUGUUCCUUGGAAGACGAUAUGUAGUAGUGUUCAUGUAUUAAAAGUAUCAUGGCUUAGCUCUUGCAUCCAGAGGGACGCUGGAUGGUUGCUCGAGCAAAUUUUGCAGUUUGUACAGAGAUAUCCUGUUGCUGG